AUGGUCAAGGUACUGAUAGACUACUCUCGACUGAAGAUGAUUGAAUACUAUAGUUAUAUCAACUACGAUUCAAAGACAUUGCAUUGGAACCUUAAGGACCAUCCACCAAAGUUGGACAAUCUGCGAUUAUACUUCUUGUUUUUGGCGAUGUUCAUGCCAACGGUGAUCAUGCUGAUCUUUCUCCACAUUUGCAAAGACAUCUGGGCAUCAAUCGGUCUAUUCCAUCUCUCCUGUAUAAGCUUCUCCUGUAUCUAUAUGUUCCAUUAUCAAGUCAAACAUCACGACGAACACAAUCUGUCGUCGAGGCAUCCCAUCAACACCAACAGCAAUAUCAACGGCACACUAUACAACAGUUAUGAACACAGUCGUGGAAGCAGGGACAGUCUGAGUUCAAGUAGCAACGAAUCAUAUGUCAUUCAACAUCAACAUCAUCAACAGCAGCAUCAAGAGUAUCAUGUCAUACAUGAUAUCAUGCCAGACAUUGACCAACUGCCGCACAGUAUAAAUGGCAAUUCAGGUCGACAACCAGAGACACAAGAGGAUCAUGCACCAAAUCAGGAAGUGGAGCUAUUGAUUCCAAAGGAUGUAUAUAAUUAUAGAGGACUGCCCUGGUACACAUUAGUCAAGUUAUCACUCUCAUCGAGGAUGCAAUAUGUAUUUGGCAUCCUUCUAUUCGUGUUUAGUGUAGGACUUGGUCUAGCAUUAUACUAUGCACUGGCAAAUAUUAUACCAAAUGUUGCACAAAAGAUAGAGUCAUAUGGAUUGCUAAAGUAUCAUGUGCCACUGUUUGUAUUCUUUGUUUACUUCACCCUGGUCAAUCCAUUCGUUGAAGAAUGGUUCUGGCGAAUGUUCCUUGUCAAUACCUUUGGCUCAUCAUUUAUCCAUCGUGCAAUAAUCACAUUCUUUUACAUGGCCUAUCACUUUUUUGUACUCAUAGUAUUCUUCAAUAUCUGGGUAUCUUUUCUGUUCUGUUUCGUUAUAUUCAUGGGUGGAGCAUUGUUUAAUGUGCUGGUACAAUGCUUUGGACCAAUGGUUGGUGUGCUUGGUCACAUGGCAGCUGACCUACUAAUCAUGUUCAUCAUGUCCAACAUGUAUUAUCACUGGUUCCCAAUUUAUGGUGGACUGUCACCUUUAUAA